AGUAAUAGUAAUUCACAAAUCAUUAAUUUUGCCUUUGGAAGAAUUACACACUUUCUCCUUCUCCUUCUCGUUCAACCCCCAUCCCCACCCCACACAAACCCAAAAUGGAAGCUCAAAAAGACAUUCAAAAUCUUCCCAUUGACAUUUCAUUCUCCCGCCUCGGAGAAUGGCUGGUGGAUCGUAAGAGAAUUCCUGUAGAUUGGAGAAAACGAAUGACUGGAAUUAGAGCCAAGAUUUCAUCCGCCUUUGCAUCGCUUCCUAAAGAUGCUGAUCCUUACUUUCAUACUCUUGAUCCUGAAGCAAUUGAUUACUUGGAAGCAAAAAAAGUUUAUGAAAUACUUUUGCGAACCACUCCAGAAAGCCGAAACAUAUUUGGACGGCUUUCAGGCGCUUCUGGUGCAUGGGAAGCAAUUGUACAGGCAUUUGAGAAGGAUCAUAUUUUUCUUGGUGAAGCUGCUCAAUCAAUGGCCCAAAAUGUUAAUUAUGAGAUUCCCUACCUAAAGAAGCAGGUUCAAAAGACACAACAACAGCUUGCCGAGCUUGAUCGUAAGGAAGCUGAUAUUAAGAGAAGCGCAGCUUUAUCAGCUGCAAAGUAUGCAGAAGCUUGUGAAGAACUAGGAUUACAGGGGAACAAUGUCAGAUUGGAACUCUUAGAAAGUGCUAUGAACUCUCUUCCCAAUACAUUUGGUAAUAUUAUAGAAGUCAUAACGAGUGAGUCCGUCGCACAAGCUAUUGACUACUACUCCAGUUUUGUUACAGAUCUUCACACCGAUAAGGAGCGUACAGUUGGUGCUGUGGUGCAAAAUUUAAGGCAUAUCCUUGAAAACCCUCCUUCACUCGGUGUUUCCAUUGGAUCUGAUUUUAUUGAGUCUACAAAUGAUAUCUCUAACUUAAAUGAACAUGUUGAUAUAAGUGGAAUCAUGGACAGUGGGGCAGACGGCAUAGAUUGGGAUAUUACCAUGGAUAGUUCUCAGAUAGACUGGGAUAUUGGCACUGUUGAAGAGACUGAUGAUGCAGCAAACGGUUUUGGUACUUAUGAAAUUAUAGAUGCCAAAGAAGCUUUACAAGAUUCUUCGACAAAUGAAAACGAGACGUUUGGUGAGGCUGCACCGAGUGGUGGAGGGUCUGUUGAUGUUGAGGUUUCAGAAAUAUCGUGGAAUGUUAGUGUUGAAAAUCCUAUUCUGGAAACUAACGAAGAUUCUGGUAAUCGUUGUACUGAUGGAGUUCAAAUUUCAUCUUUAAAUUCAUCAGCUGAAGCUCAAAUCUCGGGAGACAGAAGUCCACUCUUGGAGACAGAGUACAGAAAUAAAAUUCUUGAUGAUCUCUUUGAGAUUAAGGCAUUUUUGAACCAGAGACUGACGGAGCUGACAAAUGAAGAGACUUUGUCCCUGCAACACCAGGUUCAGGCAGUUGCCCCAUUUGUGCUGCAGCAGUAUUCACCUGAUAACAUUCAGAAAAUGCUUUCUGAUGUUUCAUUGGCCAUAUCCUUGCAAAUGAACAAAAAAACAAGAGACUUGAUCAUGAUUUUAAAUUCAAGAAGAUUCUUAGACAGAUUAGUACAUAUCUUGGAGGAAAAGAAGCAUCAUGAAGUAAAGCUGAAAGAUGGAUUGAAAGAUUUGUCUGCAAAACGUAUGGAACUGCAGAAUUCAAUGGCUUCUUCUUGGCCUAAGCAAGAAGUAGUCAUUAACAAAACAAGGGAGCUGAAGAAACUAUGUGAAACUACUUUAUCAUCCAUGUUCAAUGGUAGACCUGUCAAUAUUAUAGGAGAAAUUAACACCUUAAUAAGUAGCGGUGUAUCUAUGUGAUUUUUGUAGCAAUUUUCCCAAGUUUUUUUUUUUCCAAAUGUAAUAGGAACUGAUUGCAAAGUCAAUUACAGUUGAGAACAAGCUUGUUCCUCAGGUUGUGCCUAUUUUACUCUAUUCGUACCAAAAUUGUAGAUGCUAAUUUCAACUCGAUUUACAGCCUAAUAGAAUUGUACUAUUCAUUUAAAA